AUGAAGAAGAUUACCAAUUCGAACCCUUCAUGGCCAUCACUUGUUUCUCUUCUUCUCCUCAGCUUCUUGUUCAAUUCCUGGACUUGUUUAGCUAUUGACCAGGUAAUUCUUGACUGCGGAUUUGCGGGAAACUCAUCUUUUAAUGGUAAAACUUGGGUAGGGGAUGCAACUUUUUUCCCAGUUUAUUCUUUUCACGCGGGGACCACCAUUGGCAAUGUGGUCUCUAAUGAAACCGGCGAGGUUCCGGUGAAUCCAUACUCAACCGCACGUUUCUUUCCUUCUUCUUUCACCUAUAGUUUCCCUAUGUCCCCUGGUCUCAAAUUUAUCCGCCUCCAUUUCUACCCUACUUCUUACAGUGGUAUAAGAAAAAUCUCCGAGGCCGAGUUCUCUGUCACCGCCGGCGAUUACACUUUGUUAAACAGCUUUAAACCUUCUGUAAUGGCAACCACUUUGAAAUCACCUUAUGUCACUAAAGAUUAUUUCUUCAACUUAAAGAAACCCAUUGUCAAUAUCACCUUCUCUCCAUCACUAGAGGAUUCAGAUUCUUUCGCCUUUGUAAAUGGGAUAGAGAUUUACUCAAUGCCCCUCAAACUCUCUGAUUAUGGAGUGAAUGGAACUUCCAGUAAUGCUACUGAGAUACUUUACAGAAUCAAUGUAGGGGUUAACUCACAGAACGAGCCGUUUUGGAAUGGGCUAGAUGACCAAUACCUUCAGGGUUCAAUAAAUGGGACUCUCAUUGAAGCAUAUGAUGAUCAUAUUGACUACAAUAAAAGCCCUUGGACGUUAAGUGAGUAUGGAGCACCUUGGGAUCUGUACAGCAAAGCAAGGACAAUUGGUGGUAGCGACGAGGCUGCCAACAUGGGCUACAACCUGACAUGGACAUUUUCUAUUGACUCAGGCUUUUCGUAUAUUGUUAGGCUUCAUUUCUGCGAGAUUCAGCUUUUUGUGACAGAAGUGAAUCAGAGAGUGUUCAAGGUGUAUAUCAACAACAAGACAGUGGAAAGCAGCUUGGAUAUAGUUGCUAUGGCAGGUGGUCCUUUGGUUGCAAUGCAUAAGGACUAUACCAUCACGGUUCCGGAAUCCAAAGGAGGAACUGAACUAUGGCUUGCCUUGCAGCCUAACGUUGAUUCAAAUCCAAAGCUUACUGAUGUAAUCCUAAAUGGAAUUGAGAUCAUGAAGUUGAGUGAUACAAGAAACAAUCUUGCAGCUCAUGUACUUCAAGUGGAGAAUGAAGACAGAAGUGGGAGUAUUCCAACAUCUAACAUCUUCCUGGGAAUGGUUAUCGGUCUUGUCGUUGGAAUUUCUGCAGUCUCUUUGAUAGCCUAUAUGUUAUCUCAUUGGUUUUUGCUACGUUAUGAUGUAAACGUUAGGAAAGCAAGUAGCCUAAUCUGUAAAUCUUCAGAGUAUAGCCGUAAAUUUCCCUUGGAAGAGAUAAAAGCCGCCACUAACAAUUUCAGUGAAGCUCGUCUGCUCGGUUACGGGGGUUUCGGGAAGGUUUACGAGGGCCUGCUUGACGAUGGGAUCACCAAAGUGGCAGUUAAGCGCAAAAAUCCCGAGUCCAAUCAAGGACUUCAAGAGUUCAAAACUGAAGUCGAAUUGCUCUCCAGUUUUCGUCACAUGAACAUUGUGUCAUUGCUGGGUUAUUGUGAAGAAGAAAGCGAGCUUAUUUUGGUGUAUGAUUACAUGGCUAAUGGAACUCUACGUGAUCAUCUCUACCAGACCCAAAAUCCACCACUAUCUUGGAUUCGAAGGCUCAAGAUAUGCAUCGGUGCUGCCCGUGGAUUACACUACCUCCACACGGGCACCGAGCAUUCCAUCAUUCACCGAGACAUCAAAUCAACAAACAUACUCCUGGAUCAGGAAUGGGUGGCCAAAGUGUCGGAUUUUGGCCUUUCGAAAGUAGGCAAGAUUUCAGGUUCCAACAGGAGCCAAAUCAGUCCCGGACCAAAGGGUACUUUUGGAUAUUUGGACCCUGAGUAUGGCAGAAACAGAACAUUAACUCGCAAGUCGGAUGUUUACUCAUUUGGUGUGGUUUUAUUUGAAGUAUUAUGUGCAAGACCAGCUGUUAAUCCCGAGCCAAACGAGGAUGACCAGACCAAGGUAAGCUUGGCUAGAUGGGCUCUUCAUUGCUAUGGAAGUGAAAAGAUUGAUCUCUUGAUUGAACCAUACCUAAGAGGAAAGAUAAAGUCCGAGUGUCUUGUGACAUUUGUGGAAAUUGCAGUGAGGUGCCUGGCUAGUAGGCAAAUGGAUCGGCCGUCAAUAAGUGAUGUACUCGGUAAACUCGAACAGGCAUUGGUGUUGCAGGAGAAUGCUGUUGAUGACCUUAAUGUCCAAAUCAAAGAUGCAUGACGAAACAGUGAUUGCAGUUGCACAUCACUGAUAGAGGUACAAAUGGUGAUACAAAAAUUUAGUUUGUUUCUUUUCUUGUAUAUGUAUUACGACAGUGGUAAAUAAUUUCGGACGAAGUCAUGGAAUCUUCAUUAUGUGUAAAUAUGUGUAAAUAUGCUUUAUGGUUUGUUAUUAA